GUUAUCUGUAUUGAGUCUAAAGUUACUGUAGUCUGGCAAGAUGGCACAGAAGAGAAGGAUAUACCCUCCACUCAGUUAUACUAUUCAAUUUCUCUUGAUGAUCAUGAAUUUUUUCCUGGAGAAUGGGUUGUAAGAGAUGAUGACAAAGAUGAAUCUAACAAAUACGGCGUCGUCCAAAAUGUCAAUUAUUUAGAGAGAACAGCUAGUAUAAAAUGGUUCUCUCAUUCAGAAACUGAAAAGAAGCCUGAAGAAUUAGCAAUAAGUGAAAUGAGUGUUUAUGACCUGAAAAAACAUGCAAAAUUUGUUUUCCGUCCUCGUAGCAUAGUCAAGUCGAAACCAGCUCAGGAUGAGAAGAUGGGAAAAGUAAUAGAUAGUUGCAUAGAAGGAUAUGUAAAGGUACAAUGGUUAGAUGGAUCAGAAGAAAACUGUUGGCCGCAAGAUAUUGAACUUAUUCCAGAAGCAGCUGAUUUAGAUUAUUCAGACGAAGAAUCAUCAGAUGAAGAUGGUGCCGGUGUAUCUUGGGAGACUGAAAGUAUUGAAUCUUACGCAGGGGAUUUAUCUGAUGAAACGGUACUGCAGAAUAUGGCUGCACGGCUUGAUUUUGUUAGGAAUAGGAUAAUAUAUUUGAAGGAAGCUUUCAAGCAGCAUACAAUUACUGAGAAUAUUUCGUUUCUCAAGGAUCUGCUGUUGGUAUAUGAAAACUCGAGUUAUUUAGACAAGUUGCUUGGCACCUCUUUCUUCAGUUUGAAAAGCAAGCACUUUCAAGCCCUACUCGUCCAAGUGAAAGAGAAAGCAAAAUCUCUUGGCCUAGAUCUAAGGGGAAGACUGUUUUCAAGUGACAAUCUCUGUCCGUCCAUUUCUAAAAUUAAGAUAGCAGAAAAAGAAAACAUCAGCAAAAUGAUUAAGCUAGAAAAUAAAAUCAACGCACAAAUAGAGAAGAUAGAGGGCAAGGAAUCGACAGUCCCAACAACACCUCUCACCCCUGAGAGUACAGAAAUAGCUUAUAUUUCUCAAGAAAAUCUCUGCAUAGAACUUCUCUCUAUGCUCAAAGUUCGCAUGGACCUUGCUUAUGCCGAAAUAAUAAGUCGAAUUGGAGGCAGCCAAGCUUUUUCAGUUCUUACAAAAGCUUCUGAAAAUAUAGCUACUCCAUCUACCACUACACCUUUACCAAGUUGUCCUACCACACCAGAGGAAUCUUUUUCCACACUGAGUCCUUUGAAACAAAAAUUGAGUGAAAAUAUUGAGGGAGAGAACGUACCAUAUUCAAUAAUUGAAGAUGCUCCUGUUACCCAUCAUUAUUUUUCAACAAAAUUUGAACCAACAGAUCUACAGAGGUUCCUCAAAGCAGUUCAGAAGGAGUACAAACUCAUGAAGGAAUCUCUUCCUCGUGGUGUAUGGGUACGAUCGUAUGGAAAUAGAAUUGACUUGUUAUCUGUAAUGAUCAAAGGACCGGCCAAAACGCCUUAUGAAGAUGGAUUGUUUCUCUUUGACAUCCAGCUCAGUUCUGACUAUCCCCGGUCACCACCACUAGUUCACUAUAUAAGCUAUAGCUCAGAAAGACUCAAUCCAAAUCUAUAUGUCGAGGGAAAGGUUUGUGUGUCACUUUUAGGAACUUGGAUGGGACGCGGCACAGAAGUUUGGGGUCCCAACAGCACCCUUCUCCAACUUAUAGUUUCCAUCCAAGGAUUAAUUUUAGUAGCAGAGCCUUAUUAUAAUGAAGCUGGUUAUGAAAAACAGACUGAUACGCAACAAGGUUAUGAAAACUCGAGGACUUACAAUGAACUCGUCAUCUUGAAGAUGGUACAGUCAAUGAGGGAGUUACUACUCUCUCCUACUGAAGCUUUUAGACAGGAAAUUUUCGCACAUUUUUCACAAAACGGCCAACAACUAUGUGAUAGGUUGAACAGUUACUGCAGUGACAAUGAUCCGGUGGAUCCGGGAUUUCCUUUGCUGCCUGUUAGUCGAGGGUUGAAACUUUCCCUCUCAUCAGCAUUAGAAUCAUUUAAAGGAGUACUGAGUAAAAUUGGUGAUAAGAGUGAGGUUGCAAAAGAAACAUAAUUUUGUAAUGUUACUCUCAAUAAACGUUGAUUAUUCAGUUGUUUUUGGCAUGUUGAUCUGAGUAAUGAUGAAUCUAUUAUCAGUACAUGCUUAAUGAUCUAA